AUGAAUUUAAAUAUUGAACAACUCAAUAUUUUAUGUGAUUGGCCAAUUGAUUCUACUAUAUGUGAUUAUUUUAAAGAUUCUUUUAGUAUUAUGAUAGAAUUAUGUGAGGUUAAUAAUGAUAUUUUAAUAGAUAAUGAAAUUAUUAAUAAAUUACUAAUAGAUGAAGAUCUACUUUUAAAAGAAAAUGAUAUUUUUAUAGCUAUUGAGAUAGCUUCAAAACACACUAGGUUUCUUUCUUUAUCAGAUAAUAAUAUAGUUAAAUUAGAUAUAAGAGAUCUUGCUAAACAA